AUGGCCGACCUCGACUACAGACCGACGGUGGAGGAGUAUGGCAAGACAAUCAAGGGCCGUGAGGACCACAUCCGGGAGUCCUGGAUCCGAUGCAUGGAGGCUCGCAUUGUCCGUGAGAACCUCCAGAAGUGCUACUACUUCGAGGGCGUCAACCACUACGCCAACUGCAAGGACCUCGCCGACAAGUACGCCAAGAUGAUCCGUGACAACAAGGUCAUCGACGAGGAGUAG